CUUUACCUGGGUAGAGAGACUGGACGGCAGCGAGACUGAACAGGAACGAGAAGGAAAGAGGAGAGAAGCUUACAGGGACUACAGACAGCCAAGAUGUUUAAGAAGAAGGAAUACAGUCCUGUGAAGAUAAGCAAGAGCCAGGCUAAUGACCUGGCUGUACUGAUCGCCCGCAUGCAGCACAACGCUGACCAGGUGGAAAAGAACGUGCUGAAGGCUGAGGAGCUGCUGGCUGCGGACCAGCAGAGAGAGAGCCAUGCGCUGCAGCACCUGCAGGAGAGUGCUGAUGAGUUGACUGAGGGAGAAGCUCUGCUGAAGCAGCUGUUCCUGGAUGUGGACCAGGCCAAGAGGCUGCAGCACCCCCAGGCUGCAGAGAUAGAGAACGAUGUGAGUAACCUGCAUGAACGCUGGUCGAAGGCCUGUGAGAUCUACAGAGAGCUGUACAAACCUGUGAAGGGACUAGACCUGAGCCCACAAAUCAAUUGGAACCAAGUGAUGCAGGACAAGCAGAAGCAGAUGAACUCUACUGGUUAUGGACCAUCCCUGUCUGAUGUGGAGAAGCAGAUUGCUGCUCAGAACAUCCUGCACCAGGAGAUAGAGGCCUACAGACCCCAGCUGGACCCCUCGAACAUGGAGAAGAGUGCUGACAUCAGGAAGCAGUGCUCUGACCUUCUGGAGAGCUCCCAGGCCAGAAGCAAACACCUGGGAACACUCUAUGACUACAUGCAGAGCUGCACCAAGGAGUUGGCCUACCUGGCAGAGGAACAGGAUCGGAUCCUCCGCAGGGACUGGAGCGACCGGAUGCUGGAUCCUCCAGGAGUACGCAUGCAGUAUGAGAAGUUCAAGAACAAUACUCUGCUGACCCACGAGACGGAGACCAGCCAGCUGCUGCAGAAUGGAGACCGGCUGGUGCAGAUUAAGCACCCUGCUAGCGCCACCAUUGAGGCCCACCGGGAUGCAGUGCAGAACGAGUGGCAGAGUUUCCUCAACCUUUGCAUCUGCCAGGAGACUCACCUGGACAACAUAGAGGACUACAAGAAGUACCAGCUGGAUGCUGAGACCCUGGGAGAGUCCCUGAGGAGGCUGAGCUUGUCCCUGGACCCGCGGGCGUUGGCCAACCGGAGCAACCCUGAGGUGCUUCUGCAGCUGGAGGGAGAGCUCUCUGCGCUGGAGCGAAACGAGCAGCGUCUCCUGGCCUUGAGGCAGCUCAGCUCCAACAUCGCCCCCCUCAGGCUGCGCCGCCUGCCCCCCACCAAGCCCACAACCCUGCUGGCCCUGUGUGACUGGACCAACGAAGAGAACUUGAUAAGUCGAGGAGAGCGUCUGACUCUGAAGGACAACUCAGAGGUGAUCUGGGAGGUCCAGACCAGUGCUGGGACGAGGAAGACUGUCCCAGGGGCGUGCCUGCUCAUCCCCCCUCCUGAUGCCCAGGCCAUGGACACCCUGGCCAGUCUGGACAAGGAACUGACAGACCUGAAGAAGAGGAGAACAGCUUUGAUGUCGUCUCUGAGGAGCUCUGGUGUGGAUGUUGUUAGAGCACAGACAGCAGCCCCCGUCUCCAGCGCCCCCGAGGCGCCCAGAGUGUCGGAGCUGGCGGAGCAGCUGGAGCGGAUCAGCGGCAGGCUGGAGCAGAGUGAGAGAGAAAUCCUGGGACGGACCAGAGCUCCGCUGGACCGCAGGAGCCCCACGACUGACCUGAGCAGCAGGCUGGCUCUGCAGCAGGUCACCUGUGUGACGGUGCGGGGGCUGGAGGCAGAAAAGGCAGCUGUCCAGAGGGAGUUGGAGCCCAUCGUAUCCCAGAAUGCCCUGGGUCAUGCCAACUCUUCUCUACCCCUGAUGCUCAAUGCCGUGAACAACAAGUUUGACUCCAUCAACACCCUCUCCGACCUCUACACCAAGAAGGCCACAGCCUCCAUGUUUCUGGAGAAGCAGGUCCAAAAGGUGGAUGAGAUGAUAUCUGGCUUUGAGGAGCAGCUGGCAGAGGAAGAAGCCAUCCCUGACAUGCCCGGCGCCCUGCAGAACCACAAUCUGAAACUACAGGCUCUGCGCAGGGAGGUGUCGUCAGGGCAGGAGGACAUGCACAAGAUGAGUAGGGAUCUGGAGAACGUGGAGCAGCUAAGCAGUUCUCUGCAGAAGACCUUCGGGGAGUUCUGUCCUGACAUCCAGCGCCAGGCGGCCCGGGUGAGGCAGCUCCGGAACCGCUACGCCAACGUCAACAGCCAGAUACAAGAGAGAACUUCUCUGAUUCAAGAAGCAGCCAAUAAGAACCAAGGGUUCCAGACCUCUGUCCAAUCAUUGAACUCAUUCCUGACCAGCUUGCCCAAUAAUACAAUCAAUCCCAGCGAUGGCUUGUCUCAAAUCAACGCAAAGCAAAACUCUCAGAAGAGAGUGGUGGAGGAUGUUCAGAGGAAGUCUGAGGAUCUGAAACGAGCAGUGGAACAGUCUAGAGACUUGCAGAACCUUCUCAACGAGUAUGAGGCCAAGACUGAUAAAUACCGAGCUGUGAGAGGCGACGAUGAUGAGACUGAUGCCAAGAGAUGCCAUGUUUCCGCCAUGGCUGACGCUGUGGAGAAAAAGGAGAGGGAUCUGCUGCACAUGUACUCUGAGGUGUCCGCUGCAAACAAUCAGCGACUGAGCCAGAUGGGUUUGGCUAAGAACAUCAUUGCUCAGAACGAGGAGAAGGUGACCCUGGUGGAGGUGAAGCAGCAGAUGCAGAUGCAAAGCCAGCAGAGGAACCUGGAGGAGACCGACGGCCUGAGGAAAGAGUUGGCUGACGAGGUCGUCAGACGCACCCACGCCGAGAAUGACCUGGACACCUACAGGAAGAGGUUCAUGUCUCUGAAGAGCCGCCGAGGCGUGGAACGCGUGGAGGAGAAGGAGGUGGUUCAGUACUACCGCGACCCUAAGCUGGAGGGCGACCUGGAGGCCCUAAGGAACAAGAUCAAGCAGGAGGCCAUGCUGCGCUCAGGAACCCAGUCCGAGAUUGAGAUGGUCAACCAGAAGGUCAUCCUCCUGGAGGCUGAGAGGACGAGUGUGAAGCCCAAGCUCGUGACCAAGGUGCUGACGGAGUUUGAGAGGGAUCCCCAGCUGGACAAGGAGGCGGCCAGACUCCGGGAGGAGAUGCGCAAGAUCAGGGAGGAGGUGUUGCUGCGAGACUCAGAGACCGUCCAGAUGAAGACAGAGAUCACGGUUCUGGCGCAGCAGAAGCCGAAGAUCAAGGAGACCGUAGUGAAGAAGGAGGUGGUGAAGCUGGAGAAGGACCCAGAGAUGCUGAAGGCCGUUCACACCUUCCAGAUGGAGAUCUCAGAAGAAGGUUCACACAGUAAGGCUCUCAACGACAACAUCUUCCAUACCAGGAGCGAGAUCAACACCCUGGAGAGGGUCAUCCCCACCAUCCAGCCCAAGAUCAUCUUGAAGGAGCUGAAAAGAGUGGAACAGGAUCCACUUCUUCUGGAAGAGUCCAAGACCCUCAGGACGUCCCUGGAGGAGAUGAACAGUGAGAACAGCAGCCUGCUGAGAGAGAUCUCCAGCUUGCAGCUGCGCUACAGCGAGGUAGAGAAGGUGAAGCCCAGACUGGAGGUGAAGGAGAUCAUCAACGAAAUCUACAGGGUGGAUCCGGACACCGAGCUGGAGCUGCAGCGGCUGAGGAAGCAGCUGCAGGAGUACAGACGGAACUGCUCCAACCUGGAGCAGGAGAUCAACAUAGUGAUGGUGGACCUGAAGACCCUGCGCUCCCAGAAACCCAAGGUGGAGUACAAGGAGGUGACCCAGGAGGUGAUUAAGGAGGAGAAGAGCCCUGAGGUCAUCCGAGAGCUACAGAGAUUGAAUGAGCAAGUGUCCCGGCUGCGAAUCACUUACGACAGCACCCUGGAUAUUCUCAGCCGCCUACGCAAGGAGAGGAAUGAGUGGAAGACAGAAAAGUCUAAGGUUGAGAUGAAGAUGGUGACCAAGGAGGUGAUAAAGUAUGAAAACGACCCCCUGUUGGAGAAGGAGGCUGAUCGGCUGAGGAAAGACCUGAGGCUGGAGAUCCAGCAGCGCCGCAACGUUGAGGAGACGGUCUUUGACUUGCAGAACAAGUACAUCCUCCUGGAGAGACAGAAGCCAGAGGAGAAGAUUGUGACUCAGGAGACUGUUCAUCUCCAGACGGACCCCAAGCAGAUCCAGGAGCACGAGAAGCUGAACAAGACCUUAGACGAGGAGGUGAAGGUGCGCAGGAAGCUGGAGCUGGAAGUCAGGCAGCUGAGGAGCCUGGUGGAGGAGAAGGAGAGGAGCCUGGUGCUCAUGGAUGACGGUCAGAAGAAGAUCCAGGUGGAGGCGGAGCUGAGGCAGAUCAGAACCCUCAUCCUAGAGCUGGAGAACACGCCUCCUCCAAUCGAGGAGAAGAUCAUCAUCGAGGAAGUCCUGAAGGUGGAGAGGGACCCCAAACUGGAGAGGCUGACCGAUGGCCUCCGUACAGACAUGGAGACCGAGGGCACCAGCAUCAGUCGCCUGGAGAGAGACAUCCGCAACCUGAGAAUCAAGCUAAACAUCUUGCAGAAGGAGAAGUCGGUAGAGAAGAUAGUUUACAAAGAGGUGAUUAGAGUGGAGAAGGACCAGACAGUGGAAUCAGAGAGGGACCACUUCCUGGAUCUGGUGGGCCAGGAGAGGAAUGCCAGACGGGACCAGGAGGACCAGAUCCAGAAGCUGAACUCCAAGAUGACCCGGCUGCAGAGCUCCAGGUCCAGCAGCUGCCAGGAGGAGAGCAGCCUCACGCUCGGCCGAGACAGCCUGCUGAAGGAGAAGGAGAAGCUCAGGCAGGAGCUACACUCCAUGGAGGCAGAGAAGCAGGACAUCAGCAUCACCUUCCAGCAGGAGUCCAAACUCCUCAGCGAGAGGAACCAGGUCAGCAGGCAGAGGAGUAUCAAGAUGGAGUCAGAGGUUCAGGGUCUGGAGAGGGACAUCUUGAAUGAAAAAGACAGGAUCCACCAGAGGGAGACCACCAUCAUGGAGCUGCAGGCUGCCAUGAAGAAGGAAGACCACUCCGAGACCCACACCAGAGAGACAAACCUCUCCACCAAGAUCACCAUCCUGGACCCAGAGACGGGUAAGGACUUGUCCCCCUAUGACGCGUAUCUGGAGGGGCUGAUUGACCGUAAGCAGUACAUCCACCUGCAGGAGCUGGAGUGCGACUGGGAGGAGAUCUCUUCCCAGGGGCCCGAUGGGGAAACCUCCAUCCUGCAGGACCGAAAGAGCGGGAAACAGUUCUCCGUCAAAAACGCCCUGGCGGACGGACGACUGACACAGUACGAUGUGCACCGCUACAAGGAAGGCAAAAUGCCCAUCUCAGAGUUCGCCCUCUUAGUUGCCGGAGAAAACAAACCAAAGCCCUUCCUCGGCCCAAUCUCUGUCCCCAAGACAUCUACGAAGACGAGUGUGUCGUCUCCUCUUAGCUCCAUGCCGUCCUCCCUCAGAUCCUCUUACUCCAGCCUCACCAGCAGCAGCUCUGCUGAGGAGUCAUUCCCCAUUUCCGGCAUUCUGGACACCACCACCGGCAGCCGUAUGUCUGUGCGCAGUGCCUUGACACGCAAGCUCCUGGAUCCCGACACCGCAAUCGUCUUGCUGGAGGCGCAGGCGGCCACGGGCGGCAUCGUGGACCUUAACAGAAAGGACAAGUACUCCGUCCACAAGGCUGCGGAGCGCGGCCUCAUCGACACCAGCCAUCUCCACAAGCUGCUGAAUGCCCAGAAAGCCUUCACUGGUGUGGAGGACCCAGUCACCAGGGAGCGCCUGUCAGCCGGCCAGGCGGGAGAGAAGGGCUGGAUCCCCCACGACAGCGCUAUGAGGUUCAUGGAGGCACAGUACCUGACGGGAGGCCUGGUGGACCCCCACAAGGCCGGACGCCUCAGCAUCCAAGAUGCCCUCUACACCAAGAUGAUUGACAGCACCGUUGCCAAGGAUCUCCAGGAUGUGUCCGCCCACUCUAAAACCAUUGUGGACCCUAUCUCCAAAGAGAAGAUCUCCUACAAGGAGGCGAUGGAUCGCUGCAAGAAGGAUGUGAGCACAGGACUGUUGCUGCUGCCUGCAGCGUCUGGUGGAUCACACAGCCAGGUCUAGACACCUUAGAUCCACGACUAAAGAGUUUACAUUUUGAUUUAUUGAGCAGUUGCUUUGAUCAAAAGCGACAUACUAAUGGUUCAAUUGGAAAGUACAGCAGCAUCCAGCACAAAUCAAGGAUUAAGGAUGCCUGGUUAUGGUGAAGGUUAGCACUGACAUGGCCACCUGAAGAGGGGCAUGCAGCCAUAUUUACAUGUGAGGGUUAGGGUUAGUGUAGGUAUAGAAUAGGAUAGUGUAGAAUAGGGAUUGAUUUAUGUUGUUCACAGAUUAAUUGAUUUUGGUUCCUGUUUGUAUGAGGAGAUUUCUGGGACUUAAUGUGAAUGUUCUGCUCUGGAUGGUUUGUGUGAGAAUCCUAAUGUAUUGUCUUAAUGAUCUUUAAAAAAAUUAUUUUAAUUAUUAUAAUUAUUUUACUUUAUUACUUAUUUUAGAAUCAUAUUCCAAAUUUGAAUCUUGUUUGACCCGUAGUCUUCAUUAAAGGAUAAUUACAUGAA